AUGGCCCGUAGGAAGCUGAAGUACGAAAACCGGUUCCUAGCCGAGGCUCAGCCGGUGGAUCUGUCCCUUCUGGAUUCCUGCCAUCACAAGGUCAUUUCCCAACUUCACACAACCUGCGCAGAUCUGGCGGAAGAGGAACUGGCCAAGCUGGGAGUGGGGCUGUUCAACUGCCAGGCCGGUGCCGAAGGACGGAGGACUUACCUGUGCACUGAGGACAUGAGUCUGGCGGAAUGCACAGCCGGGAUGGAUCCGGAUACCUGGAACGCUUAUCACAUUAUCAGCAACCGAGCCCGGGCCGUCUGCUAUGCCACCCGCCAGGUGGAAUUCAAGCGCCGGGCGCAGCAUAUGGUGAACGCCCUGGUCUCUACCGCCGUGGGCCAGUUGGAAGCCAUGGAAACGCUCAAGAGGAGCCAGGAGGAGCUGAAGCAGCUCACGGCGGAGUCCCUGCAGAGGGUGGUCAGCGCCCAGGAGGGGCUGCUCAGCCAGCAAGAGACGCUGCGAGGCGGCCAGGCGCAGAUGGAGGAAGCUCUCUCUGGCAAUCUGGAGCGCCUGGUCCAGGAGAAGGCCCUGAUUGCCAGCGGGCAGCGGGAGGUGGCCGAGCUGCUGGAGGGCAUCACACGCAGGAUGGAAAAUGUCAGCAGUCAUCUGAACCAACAGGAUGUGGAGCUUCAAGAAGGACAUCAGUCCAUCCUGAGGGACCUGAGUCAAGUCCAAAGACGGGCUCAAGAAGUCUACUCCAAACUAGAUACCAAUGUGGGUUUGUUCCUGGCCCAUCAGAAGCAAACCACUUUGUACCACGAUGAGUUACUGGGGAAACUGAGGAAGAUGAACGAGACGUUUGGGCUGGCCCUUCAAACCAUGGAGCUCAUGCAGACCAAGGUGGAGGGGCGAUUGCAGCACAUCCAGAGAUUCAUAACUUGGGCAGGGUUCAGCUUGAGUUCUGUCUACACCUGCGUCUUGCACGUGCUCUAUUUCCUCCUGGCUGCGCUCAUCAUGACUUUCCUGCAGAUCCCGGGCGCAUCCCGUGCCCUGCUGCUGGUUGUGGUUGUGGCAAACGCCCUCUUUGAGCUGCACCACACCGUUUCCUUGGGGUUCACGUCGCUCACGGGCCUCUUGGCAUUAGAAGGUGAGGUGGGCCUCCUGCAUGAGCUGGAGAAGCUGGAAGAGGUGAGCUACCUGUCAGUGGCCAGCGAGCGCACGGGGGCCGAUGAUGUCCGUCAGCAGCCACAGCCUGCUGGCCCCUCGACCGACGCACUCUGGGGUUCCGUAGCCCGCUGCCAGCAGUUCAAAGAAGUCACCUAUGAGCUGGAUGGCUGGCCAACAGCUGAAGAGGCGAUGCACUCCAGCUGCUCGGCUUCCCCAAGGCCCUUCUGCCAAGGGGUCACCAGGACUGGACAGCCCUGCAGGAAGAAGUCCCUCUCCCACCAGGUCUUCUGCCACGUUCACGCGGCCGGACACAGCCACCUCGCUUGA